GGAGCCCUGUGGUCAUGGAGCGAAGUAGGUAUAGGUACUAGUUAUAUUACAGACAUGGUUGUCAUUUGAUGGCUCCUUAAAAUAUCAUUUAUAAUGGCUUCAUUCACCUAUUAAGGUUUUUGAUACAAUGAACGUGAACUUCAGCACAGGCAAGCUCGUUGUAUUACUUGCUGUUUUAGGCAUCGGAGUGGGAUUUGUUAAUUUCUUUUUAGUAUCACGUUUCAAUAGACAACAACAGAGUGCUUUGGAAAGAAAUACCUCAGGGAGAAUUCUAUCACUUUUUUCAAACAAAAACAUGGACUUCAGUAAAUUAGACAUCGACCCUUUGGGUGAAUACAGGGUUCAGCCAAAUUUUAUGAAAGCCACUGGUUCAACGAGAAAACGUCAUGAUGUUUCCAUGGUUACUCAUUGUACUAUCAAUAAUCUUCAUUACCUGCUGAACUUAGUUCAUCAUUGGAAAGGGUCAAUAUCUAUUGCUGUGAUUGUGCCAGGGUUAGAUAUCAUUGUUGCUUACAAGUCUAUCAUUGGCCUUCAUAUUUGCAGCAGUAAGAUUAGGGAAAGGGUAUCUUUUCAUGUUGUAUACCCUUUAUCACACCCUGCGUUAAUGAAUGAUUUGAUGUAUUAUGCUAAACAAGCAAGGAAAGUGACACCUCGCUCUUGUGAAGAGUUCUUGGUUGGUAUGCAGACCACUGGGGUUAUUCAAAACAAGAAUUAUGCAAAUAUUCAGAUCCCCUACCCUAACAACCUACUGAGGAAUAUUGCAAGGAGUAAUGCUGAUAAAGACUACAUAUUUAUGGUUGAUAUUGAUAUGAUGUGCAAUGGAAAUCUUUAUCAUGAUUUCCUGAAAUUUGCAGAAGAUAAUAAUUUAUUUGGGAAUAGUCAAGAUAUGAGAGUAUUUGUUGUACCAGCAUUUGAAAGUCAAGAAAGUGUUUCAGUUGACUUAACUAAGAAUGGAUUAAUACAACUGUGGGAUUCAGGAAAAAUUCAGCCAUUCUACUUUAAGGCUUGCUGGAAAUGUCAGCGUCCAACUAACUAUGAAGAUUGGAAAAGGCACAAAAGUAAAUCAACAGGUCUGGAUAUAUCUCACAAGGUUGAAUGGGAAGAUCCAUGGGAGCCUUUUUAUAUUGGCCCAUACCAUGUACCAAUGUAUGAUGACAGAUUCAAAAAGUAUGGAUUUAAUAGAAUAAGCCAAGUAUGUGAGACUCACAUUGCAGGAUAUGACUUUGCAGUACUGGAUAAUGCCUUUCUGGUACACCAUGGUUUUAAAAACAAGUUUCAUAAAAAAAAGGAUGAAGAAAAUGACAUAAACAGAAAAUUAUUUAGAAAAUUUAAACAAGAACUAAAAAAAAAGUAUCCAGAUUCAAAAAGACGAUGCUAAUGAUUAUUUUUUGAUAAGGUUUAUAAAAUAUACAGUCUAUUUGAUAGUACCUAUGACAUUCCUAUGUUUCAAUAAAAAGAAUUUAAUUUCAAGCAUUAAUUUCAGUCCAGGAAAUAAAACUUUUAACAGCAA